AGCCAUUUUGGCUCAUGCUUUUCCGUAGGCCCCCUGCUCCGACUUUCCUCGGCGUACCCUGCGACCCCAACCCGUCGUGUCGGGGGCAACGCGGCGGGCGUGAGGGAGUUAGGAGCAGGGCUUUGGGCUUGUGGGCAUGGCGCGGGCGGGGUCGCUGCACAGCGAUCCUGGAUGCGAGCGGCAGCGACGAGCGGGACUGCUUGACGGCGAUCCUGCAGGCGGUCGGUAGCGGCGAUCGCGGGCCGAGCGCACGGCCGCUCGGAGGCGAGCGCUGGUGGCUGCUGACAACGGCCUGGAGUCGGCCAGGGCCGAGUGCGACCGCCUCCGCGACCAGGUGGGUGCGGCGGAGACGGCGCUCGACGCAGUCGUCGGCUGCAGCGAGGUCGGCCAGCGCUUGCGGGGCGCUCCUACCCGCGCUGCAGGCCAUGCUGCAGGGCCGCGCGCCGACGUGGCUGGAGGUGCUGCGGCGCAACGUCGCCUUGCACGCCGAUUCGCAGGACGUUGACGUGUCCCUGGCGACUGCCGCUACACUGCGCAAGGCCCAGCACGGACCACGGCUGGAGGCGCGGAUUUUCUCGGAGACUGACGCCCCCUGAGGACGUUGCCUCGACCCUCUCCGCUGGUGCCGCGCCCUUCGUGCCCGGACACAUCUACUCGGAGUACGGCCUGCACGGCGACGAUGUCGAUCACCUCCUGGCCGCGCUGGCACAGGAGUCGUUGCCGCCCUUCGUCCAGGAGGGCUUCGUGGAGCUGUACCCCGCGGGUGAGCCCGAGCGUGGAGGACAGGAGGAGCAGAAGGGCGAGGAGCAUGCUGUGGUCGAUGCGGCCCCUCCUGAUGCUCUGCCCUCCCUGGCCACCGGCAGAGUCACCGAGCUGAAGCGCCUUGUGGAUGAGGCCAGGGAGCAGCUUGAACAAGUUGCUAUCAAGAUUGCUAACGGUGACGAGUCGGACGCUACGCAGCACGAGCUCCGGACGGCCGCCGACCGCUUCACAGACCUCCGCCGACCGCUUCACAGACCUCGAGGACCUGCUGGCUCACGCCCAGGCUGCGGCGACCACCGACGCAGUCGGCAAGCUGGACCCUGCUGCCGUGGCGGGCUGCGGCCCAGCCAUGCUGCACGUGGAGGUCCCCGAGGUGCUGACGCACAGCACCGACAGGGCUGAGCCUGGCCCUCCCCGUGAAGGGGCUUGGAAGGCAUACGAGCUCGACCUGCGCCGCCGAUGCCAGCAGGGGUGCGAGAUCCUUCGUGCUGGGCAUUGCAAAGGGUGUGGGCAUCAGCUGCGACAGCUCCGAGGAGGCGAGGCGCCGUCCGAGGUUGUGUGCUGCCUGUGUGACGACCUUCAUCCACCUGAUGAUGGAGGUAUCUUCCGCUGCUGCUCCUGCCAAUGGGAGUGUGGUGUUGCAUGCAUGGCGGCCGAGCUGGACGGAGACCUUACGGACGAGUUCGAUUCGGAUUCCUGCAGUCCGUGAUGUCCUUCCGCGGGGAGCAGCUGGUGGUGUGCACGUACGACCGCCGGGGCCGCUUCGGCCCGUGCGCCAUGGAGUGGUUCUUCAAGGCUCGGCCUACGCUCAGGGAAGGUCGCCCCGCCCGUGCCCCGAGCGCGGGCGGCGGCGGCUCCGACGGGACACUGCGUUCCAAUUUGUAUCCUCGUAUCCUC